AUGGCUUUGUUCCAGGUUAGUGGCUGGGACUUAAAGAACGAAACCGUGGCUGUCGGUGGCACAGGCGCAAAGAAGAAGUCCAACAGAGAAAAAAAGAGAGCCAGGCAACAAAUUAAGGAACUUGAAAAGUCUCAGCAAUCUGAAGAUGUAGCCGAACAAGAAGAUGAAAUCAUAAAAGAAAUAGACGAACCAGAGAAAGAAGAGAAGAAGAUCAAAAAAGAAAAGAAAAUAAAGAAAAGAAAACACGAAGAAUCUGAAAAAAGCUCUUCAACAACUUCUCCGGCUGCUGCUAUAGUAAAUCCUACUGUAGAUGCACCUAUACCUAUUACUACACAGAAACUCACUCCAUUGCAACAGAAGAUGAUGGCUAAAUUGUCUGGAUCCAGAUUCAGAUGGAUAAACGAACAAUUAUAUACAAUCUCGUCGGAAGAGGCUCUCAGUUUGUUAAAGCUGCAACCUUCCUUGUUCGACGAGUACCAUCAAGGAUUCAGAUCGCAAGUCCAAGCGUGGCCAGAAAACCCUGUAGAUGUGUUUGUCGACCAGAUCAAGACUCGUGCCUCUCAGAGACCUAUUAAUGCUCCCGGUGGUUUGCCUGGUUUUCCCGACAAGAAAGUUGUUGUUGCCGAUAUGGGUUGUGGGGAAGCCCAGCUAGCCUUAGAUGUGAACAACUUUGUUAAACAAUACAACGCUCAAGGGGCUAAAAAGAAAUUCUCGAAAGGUAACAAUAACAAGAGAUUACAAACUGGACCCAAAACAUUGGAAAUCGAAGUACAUAGUUUUGACUUGAAGAAGCACAACGACAGAAUAACCGUGGCCGAUAUUAAGAAUGUGCCGUUGCCAGAUGGGUCAUGUACGGUGGUGAUUUUCUGUUUGGCAUUGAUGGGAACCAACUUUUUAGAUUUCAUAAAAGAAGCCUACAGAUUGUUGGCUCCUCGAGGCGAGUUGUGGAUUGCCGAAAUCAAAUCGAGAUUCACUGAGUCGUCCGAAAAGAAAACAGUCAAACCAGAGGACGUCGGACAGGAAUUCGUGGACGCCUUGAAGUUGUGUGGUUUCUUCCACAAGAAGACAGACAACGACAAUAAGAUGUUCACUCGUUUUGAGUUUUUCAAGCCACCUCAAGACAUUAUCGCUGAGAGAAACGCGAAGUUGGAAAGAAGAAAGAAAUUCAUUGAACAGGAGUCGGAAAAGGAAGACUUGGAGACUAAAAGAGCACAAACUCCAGAAGGUAAAUGGCUCUUGAAGCCAUGUAUUUACAAGAGAAGAUAG